AGGAGGUUAUGUUGCUGCACCCUGUAUAUAUAUAUAUAUCUAUAUAUAUAUAUCACUCUCUAAUGUGCUAGUCAGGGGCGGACUGACAACUCAUGGGGCCCCCAGGAAAUAGGGGAUCAUGGGGCCCCUGUGUCCUCACCCAAACUCAAAAAAGCUUACAAAAAAGAUACCAGGGGCAUCUCAUGGGGCCCCAUACUGACCCCGGGCCCCCGGGCAGUGCCCGAGUUUCCAAAUGGUCAUUCCACCCCUGGUGCUACAUUAUAACUGGUGUGGCGGUGAUCAGAGACACAAUUACAAUAAUGUAAGUUGUAUCUUUUUUUAAUUUUCUAUUAUUUUUUUAUUAAAUUUGUUUUUCUUUUUUUUGACCAAAGCAAUACAAUGUUACCAUAGUAACAUU